AUGCGCUACCAAUUGGCUGUUGUAUUUUUGUUGUUUGCUAUAAUUGGGUCGUGCGAUGGGAAGAAGAAGCCGAAGAAGGUGGUGAAAAAGGUUGUGAAAAAGGCCAAGCCGCUGCCGAUGAAGUAUGUCGCGUUUCUAGACUGGCACGUCUGCAUGGCGCAAGACAUGAAAGUGGGCGACACGAUCUCCGUUCGCGGCACCCUCGCGCCGGGCGCUGUACGAUGGACCUGCAACCUGGAGUUGAUCAGCGAGAAAUCCGUUUUUAUCACCGCUGACCAUCGGGUCAUUCGGAACGAAACGCACUACAACACGCGGCUCCAGGGAAAGGGAUUCCCGUGGUGGGACGCCACCGUCAAAAAGAAGGUGCCCUUUCGCAGCGGCAACUUCUCAAUGAGCUUCAUAAUCCAAAGCCAAAGCCAGGUGAAAAUCACUUAUGGGCCGGGCGCCGCCUUUGCGAGUGCCGUCCAUAAAAGAAGCCCCAAGGCGCCAAACCCAAAGUUGACCGGGAUGCGGAAAAUUCGGUGUACCGGCGACAUUACCGCGAUGGAAGCCAAUGCUCCCGGCGAAAUGGAUUGUCCUUCA